AUGAUAGAACGCAAAAUUGUAACGCGACCGAAAGGCGAUUUAAACGUUGAGGAGGAGCCGAUGCGGCUGGGCGAUUUGAAUUUACCGAAAACCGAUGAAAAAAAAUUCCCUGAAAGUUACUUAAUUCCACAUCCGUUUGUAACGCAUUCGAAAAACGUUGCUUAUAUAGGCAGCGAACUUUCCGAGCGGCUCAGCUCGCAGUUACCCGAGCUGUCGUAUCACGACGAUAACAACAAUAAUGAGUUCGAUAAUGCGUCGCCUACGAAAGGGGAUAAGUACUCGCUCAGGCCGCGAUCGUUGCGGCGGAUGACGGAGAACGCCAAGGAAUCGUUGGGCGAAUUGACGAAGAGACAGAACAAAACGCAGAAGCCCAAGCAGAAAGCGGCGCCGUUGAGCAAAUACCGCAGGAAAACGGCGAACGCGAGGGAGCGGAACCGCAUGAGGGAGAUCAACCAGGCGUUCGAGACGUUGAGGAGGAUCAUUCCGCACAUGCAGGCGGCCCACGUGCCGGGCAACAACGAGAAAUUGACGAAAAUCACCACGCUGCGUUUGGCCAUGAAGUACAUUUCGACGUUGAGCGCCACUUUGAACGGCACCAGCGAAUUGGAAUCGCUGUCCGAUUACAGCGAUUUCGAUUGUCUGUUUUUGGAGUCCGACGGCGAGUCCAUAUCGGAUCAUUCCGGGUCGUUGUUGACGUCCCCGGAUUUUCCGGAACCUUCCCUGUCGCCGGUGGAUUUUAGUGAUCCGUCGUUGCCCGCUCUGCUGCACACCGAUUUCACCGAGCAUUCGUUAGAACCCGCCGAUUUUAGUGACUUUUUGUUAACGUAA